AUGAAGAUUGCUAUCAUCGGUCAAUCAGCGUUUGGAGUCGAUGUCUACAAGGAACUUCGUAAGAAUGGGCAUGAGAUUGUCGUUGUUUUCACGAUUCCUGACAAGAAUGGUCGCGAGGACCUUCUAGCCAUCGAAGCUGCCAAAGACGGUGUUCCAGUUCAAAAACCGGCGCGUUGGCGCAAAAAGAAUCCCGCGACUGGCAAAUUCGAGACGCUUCCCGAAAUGCUUGAAUUGUACAAAUCGUACGGCGCCGAGCUCAACGUUCUCCCAUUCUGUACCCAAUUCAUUCCACUCGAGAUCACCGAAGCGCCGCCACUCAAAAGUAUCAUCUAUCAUCCGAGUAUUCUGCCGAAGCACAGAGGAGCUUCUGCUAUUAACUGGACAUUGAUUGAUGGUGAUGAGGAGGCUGGCCUUUCAAUUUUCUGGGCUGACGAUGGUCUUGACACUGGACCGCUUCUUCUCCAGAAAAAAUGCAAGGUUGAGGAAAAUGAUACUCUAAACUCUCUCUACAAACGGUUCUUGUAUCCCGCUGGAGUCGCUGCGAUGGCUGAAGCUGUUGAGUUAAUCGCCGCUGGAAAAGCACCAAGAAUUGUGCAGCCCGAAGAUGGCGCCAGCUAUGAUCCAUACAUCACCACAAAGCCGGAGCUUGCACAAAUUGACUGGAAGAAAACUCAAAGAGAGCUUCACAAUUUUAUUCGAGGAAAUGAUAAAGUUCCGGGAGCAUGGGCAAUUCUAAAUGGCGAGAAAGUGACAUUCUUCGGCUCGAAACUUUGGAAGCCAAAGAAGCUUCCGGAGGAUGCUGUAGAAGUGCCAGUUCCGGAAGUGCCAGGAGGCAAAGUGCUCGUGGAAGACCGAGGACUUCUGUUGCCAGGAAGCGAUGGAAAAUGGGUGAUUGUUGAUACUAUCAAGAUCGGAACAAAGACUGUGCCAGCUUCCAAAUACGGACAAGGUGCUGAUCAAAUGCAGGAGCUUGUUCUCACUGAUGACGAGAAAAUUGUUGUUGAUAAACUGAAGAAAAUCUGGUCUGGAAUCUUGAAGGCUUCCGUCAACAAUGACACCGACUUCUUCGAAUCUGGUGCUUCAUCGGCGGACGUCACAAGAUUAGCCGAAGAGAUCAAAUUUCACACUGGUGCCGAACUUGAAGCUACCCAAGUCUACAUGGCCCCAACUCUCGGCGAGAACAUCAAUGUCGUCAUUCGUAAAUUGCGUGGAGAGGAUCAAAUCUCGAUCGACUACGAUCCAAUUGUGUUGAAUGUUAACAAUAUGGAGCUCAAGUUCCCACACGAGAUGUUCAUCGAUGGAAAGUUCGUUAACUCGUCAAGUGGAAAGACAUUCCAAACCAUCAAUCCGGCUACAGAAAAGCCAAUUUGCUCUCUUCCACUAGCCAGUGUCGAUGACGUGAAUCGGGCGGUUAGAGCUGCGAAGAAGGCGUUCGAGAGAGGAGAAUGGCGUCAAAUGUCGGCUAGAGAACGCGGAAAGAGACUCUAUAAGCUCGCUGAUCUCAUGGAGCAGCACAAGGAGGAACUUGCGACACUUGAAUCGAUCGAUGCCGGAGCCGUGUACACUUUGGCAUUGAAGACUCACGUCGGAAUGUCUAUUGAUGUCUGGAGAUACUUUGCUGGAUGGUGCGACAAGAUUCAAGGAAAGACGAUUCCAAUUUCGAAUGCUCGACCAAACAAAAAUUUGUGUCUUACACUUCGCGAGCCGGUCGGCGUCGUCGGACUUAUUACACCAUGGAAUUACCCAUUGAUGAUGCUCUCAUGGAAGAUGGCCGCUUGUCUUGCCGCUGGAAACACGGUCGUUCAUAAACCGGCGCAAGUCACCCCAUUGACUGCUCUCAAGUUCGCAGAGCUCUCAGUUCUCGCUGGAAUUCCACCAGGUGUUAUUAACAUCGUCACCGGUUCGGGAAGUCUUGUUGGAAACGCGCUUACUGGUCAUCCGGACGUUCGCAAGAUUGGAUUCACUGGAUCGACGGAGAUUGGUGCAACUGUUAUGGAAAGUUGCGCCAAAUCGAACAUCAAGAAGGUUUCGCUGGAACUUGGAGGAAAAUCGCCGCUCAUCAUCUUCCCGGAUGCCGAUUUGGAGAAGGCUGUCAAACAAGCAUGCGGUGCUGUUUUCUUCAAUAAAGGCGAAAAUUGUAUCGCCGCCGGCCGUGUGUUCAUCGCCAAGUCGAUUCACGACGAUUUCGUCAAAAAACUUGUCGCUGAAGCCAAAUCCUAUGUCAUCGGAGACCCAUUGGAUCGCUCUACCGCUCACGGACCACAAAAUCACAAGGCUCAUUUGGAUAAGCUUGUUGAGUACGUGCAAAAUGCUGUGAGGGAUGGUGCCAAAAUCGAGGUCGGAGGAUCUCGAUUGGACCGUGAGGGACUCUACUUCCCACCAACCAUUCUUUCCAACAUCGAUGAUGAGAAUUUCGCCGCUCGUGAGGAAUCGUUCGGACCAAUCAUGUGCAUUUCGAGCUUCGAUGAUGAUGAUGUUGAAGACGUUCUUCGUCGCGCCAACGACACUGAAUUCGGUCUAGCAGCUGGCGUCUUCACAAAGGAUGCCUCGAAAUCCCUCCGAGUCGCUGAAGGACUCCACGCCGGAACUGUCUUCGUCAACACCUACCAGAAGACCGACGUUGCUGCUCCAUUCGGUGGAUUCAAACAGUCCGGAUUCGGAAAGGAUAUGGGAGAAGAAGCCCUGAAUGAGUACCUUCAAACGAAAACCAUAACUAUUGAAUACUAA